AUGCAGUGCCCAGAGUGUAGAGAGGCGCAUCCUGCCCGGUGCGGAUGGAAAGUGUACGUUGAGGCCAAGUGCCCAGUAUGCUGGGAUUACGACAGGCCUUUUAUCAUCUUCCCUUGUGGCCACGGUGUAUGUGUUCAGCACUUUCAGGAUCUUGGCGGCCAGUUGCAGGACUGCGGGCUUAGCCAGUCUGUGCCCAGCGAAGCUGUACGGUACACGGACACGGAUGGUGACGAGAUCGCCUUUGUCGUGAAUGCCCUGGGAGGCCUGGACUACGAAGUGAACGGCCGACCGAAAGUUCGGGACCUGACGUCUUUGUCUUUGAGUGGUUGCACCCUCCACCUUGAUGGGACCACUGCCGGCUCUUGGAGGUCACAGAGACACACGACACUCCCUGCAUCUCAAGUUGCAGUUGCAAGGCAGGCCUUGGAUCUGUUCCAUGCCUGCACCCGUGCUUCCGACGGCGCCACGGCAUCCAUGCUGGAUUCAGACCCUUCCGAAGCUAUAGACUUCGUGGAUACCGAUGGCGAUCGGAUUGCCUUCAUCGUGAAUGCCUCUGGGCGCAUGGAUUACAUCGUGAACCAGCGUGUCAAAGUUCGCAACCUGAGUCGUCUUUCCAUCCGACACCGCACCAUCCACCUGGAUGGGGAGUCGGCCGGAACCUGGUCUUCUAGCAGGUACACCACAGUUCCCGAGGGACAGGACUCCAUCCUGCAGCGUGCCGAGAGCAUGUUUGCACAGGCUCACUGA